AUUUGCUUGGUUUGCCAUGCGAGUCGAAGCGAUCGCGCAUCUGCUGGACCAACUGGACGCCGUCGACGUCCUUUCCGGUCGAAUGCAAGCAUCCACGGCGCGAGACCCGCACCACUUGACGUUCCUGAACGAAGCCGUGUCGCGAUAUGCGUACUUUGUCAAACAAAAGACGGGGGAACGCGCGACGUACUACGAGUUUGCCCACCGCAUGCACGUUGACGUCCGUGCCCGCGCCUCGAACCGAGACGAUGUCCUUGCGUAUUUGUCCAAGGAGCGACAUCACGUGCAGUGCGCAUUACAGCGUGCGCGUCAACGCUCCUGCGGGUACUCGUCGGAUCAUCUCCGCCAUCCGACCAAGCGAUCCCACGCGGACAUGACGUCCCACUACCACCAGUAUCCAGUUCGCGCGGACGCUGAUGGCGACUACACCAACUUCGGACUUCCUCCCAAACGACCGGCUUACGCGUAUCCCUCGUCAUCUUCGUUUGCCCAUGUGGCGUGUACGUCCUAGCCCUGGUCCGUCGCCGCCAAACGUCCUUCGAACUAUAUAUUCUGUCACUGAUUACUUGUAAAUUAAUAUACUAUUUGGUUGUCUGUUGGUA